CCAGCCGGUUAGUUGCUUGUGGUGUGAGCAGAGUUUAUUCGCUUCUAACUGUUACCGCGCUAGUAUCAUAUUUGCCUUCGCGCUUCAGCGCAGCUGCUUUAGCACAUAUCGCGUAAAGUUGUAACAACUACACCGUAAACAUUUCCAUUACUAAACACCCUUGCAGGACUUGCUCGACGCUCAGUGUUUCGCAGUAAGCUGUCGGAGGCGCGCGCCUCACGCUCGUGUAUUGGACUCAAUCGAAUGCAAACGCGUACAUAAUUACCUGACAUUCAAUCGAUCUAUUUUUAAUAGUAUUACUAACGCGCUUCGUUGUGUCGUGCUAUUUUCACCACCCCUGACACCCCAGCUGGGUGGACUACUUUCGGCGGGACGACCGAUAUUUACCCACACCAAAUAGUGCUCAAGCGUUCCGCGUAUCGUGUGACCGACUUCUCGAGACUUUGGAUUGUUACACAAGUGCGGAAGAAUGGUAUACUCCAAUUACAACAACUCGUUUCUGCCGCUCGAUGGCGUCCAAAGUGUCACGUUCUACAAGAACGAAAAUCUGCUCUUUCCUACGCCACCAGCUUCGGCAACUGUUACAGCGCAAACAACAACCGGAAAUAACGCCAGCUUCGGUGACCAACAACAGCUGCCACAUCCUGGAAGUGGCAACGAUGUGGUCCGUGACUUCCAACCCGUGACCUAUCUGAGUUCCAAUGGUUACUACGGUUACAUACCGGCAAGCUCGAUGCCGAAAAUGAUGUCAACAGAAACAAAAACUGUCAACGGAGUAAGGCACGCUUCCGCAAGUAACGACAGCCGUGGUGGUAGCGCUGUUGGUAUUGGUGUCUUAUUGGAUUGCCAUCCACAGCCAGCAGCAGCAAUUGUCGAUGACUGCUCGAUGAUGGAUUGCGGAGUUAGUGAAAUGGAAAAUUACCACCACCAACCGCAGCAACAGCAGAUUCUGCGAAAACGAAAAGAGCGCGGUGAGGAAGCGUUGGCAAUGAUGGCGGGAAGCAACUGCAAACGGCGAAAAACCUGGCAGGAGCAACAACAACAUCAACAGCACCAGCAGCAGGCGUGCAACAGAGAGCUCAAUGGUAAUCUGAACUGGAAUCAAGCCUCAGCGAUUCAUCAAAUGCAAUGCAACGAUCAAACAAUGGAAACGAUUCCAAAUGAAUCCUUCAAUGGUGCUUCAGUACAUCCCUUGAGCGGUUUCUAUCAUCAUCCCCAACAGCAACAGCAGCAGCAGCAGCAGAUACAGUACAUUGCACCACUUCAGACCCCAGCAGUACUGCAGCCAAAAAAUCAGUUAGGUCCUAGCGGCAGAUGCUUACGGUGGAAUGGUACCUCGCCUACCGUCGGCGAUGGCAACAAUUCCACCACGAACAGUUCCCUAGGCUUCGAACAGACGGAGAAAAGCCAAUUCGGUGCCGGCAGUUGCCAAGAGUUGGAAGAUUUAUUCAUCAGCUUACAUGGUUCUGGUUUCUUUUUGUCGGGUUAACAAAGAAAGAUCAUUCGCGCAUUAUAGGAAUUUGUUGAAAGACUAACGGAGAGUAUAGAAUUCCCCCUUUUAAAGCUUCAUCCGAGAGUUUUGUAUAUAAUUGAUAAAAGCGUUGAACUAACAUAAACUAUCAACCACCUUGCCAGUCAUUUUUUUUUCAUCGCUGUUACUUUGAUUUUGCCAAGCAAAUAGUCGCUAGAAAAUAUGUUGAAGCAUUGAUGUUUUCUAGCCCGCAAAUAGCAGUAAGCUAGUCUAUAUCAUCUUCUGUAGUUCAAAUAUUCAACGAAACUGAAAUCGAAAGUUUUCUUAUGUUAAGUUCUAGUUUUCUUAAUUAACGUUAUUUUUAGUAAAACCUAGCAAUAUAGAUUGGAAUACAAUUUAGAUAAAAUGUAUCUAUCAGCCAGCAUCAACAAGAUAUAUUUUUUUUACAAACAACCACUAACCCAACGCUGUUCAGUGAGUGCAAAGCUAUACGACUUAUGAGAAUAAAAUAUCAAUAAACAUGACUGUAACAAAUGUAAUAUAUAUUUUCAAAUGUGAACAAAAUAAAUAAAGAAUUCUUU